AAAGAUUCAGAGGAAGAAAAAAACUCACCGUUGCUCUCUUCCUCCCUUUCCCUCUUCCCCUCCCCAGUCCCCUUCCCAAUAUUCCAUCAAUCAUCUGAGGGAAUCGGGGGCUCCAUGGCGUUCUCUUCUUCUUCUCCGGCGAGAGGAUCCAAAGUCCCUCUUUUCUCAGUCCCGUUUCUCCUUUUCCUCUUCGCCAUUUCCUCUGUGUUCGCCGACGAUGUCACGCAGGAUGACAAUUCCACUCCCAAGUCCCCCAAUUGCAACAAUCCCUUCGAAUUGGUCAAAGUUAAGAACUGGGUUAAUGAUGCCGAAGACAAAACCUUAGUUGGCCUAAGUGCAAGAUUUGGGGCUUUGGUGCCUCUUCAGGCGAAAGAUGAUCUCAAAUUUCCAGCUGUUUUAACAAAUCCUUUAAGUGGUUGUUCUAGUUCUUCUUCGAAGGUAUCUGGAUCAAUUGCCUUGUCAAUUCGUGGUGAAUGUGAUUUCACAACUAAGGCAAAAAUUGCACAUGCGGGGGGUGCUGCAGGCUUGUUGGUGAUAAAUGACCAAGAAGAACUUUACAAGAUGGUUUGUUCUGGAAAUGACACUGCUCUAAAUAUUUCAAUUCCGGUUGUGAUGCUUCCCAAGUCCAGUGGAGAAGUUCUUAAGAAAUCAAUAGAGGCUGGAAAGAAAGUGGAAAUUUUGUUAUAUUCUCCAAAGCGUCCAAUUGUGGACUACUCUGUUGCAAUUUUGUGGGUAAUGGCUGUUGGAACAGUUGCAUGUGCCACGCUUUGGCCAGAGAUCACCGCUUCCGAACAAACUGAGGAGCGCUAUAAUGAAUUAUCACCAAAGGAAUCUUCCAGUGGAGCAGCAAAAAAUGACUCUGAGAAGGAAACCCUUGAUAUUAAUGUAAAGGGUGCAAUAGUAUUUGUCAUUAUGGCAUCUACUUUCCUGGUGCUGCUAUAUUUCUUUAUGUCUUCUUGGUUCAUUUGGGUGUUGAUUGUAAUGUUCUGCAUUGGUGGUGUUGAGGGAAUGCAUAACGUUAUAUUAGGACUGAUGUUAAGAAAAUGCAAAAGUUGUGAGAGGAAGACUUUGAAUUUGCCUUUAGUGGGGGAGAUCUCUGUUCUGUCAUUUGUCGUGCUGCUUUUUUGUAUAGCUAUUGCGAUAUUCUGGGCUGUGACUCGGCGUGCAUCAUACUCUUGGAUUGGCCAAAAUAUUCUUGGUAUCUGCCUGAUGAUAACAGUCUUGCAGGUGGCCCGAUUACCUAAUAUUAAGGUAGCAACAGUACUGCUUUGCUGUGCAUUUAUCUAUGACAUCUUCUGGGUGUUCAUAUCACCAGCACUAUUUAACGAGAGUGUAAUGAUUGCGGUUGCCCGGGGGGACAAUAGUGGUGGAGAAUCCAUGCCGAUGCUCUUAAGAGCUCCUCGCCUCUUUGAUCCUUGGGGUGGUUACAAUAUGAUUGGAUUCGGGGAUAUACUCUUCCCUGGUUUGCUUGUUUCGUUUAGUCACAGAUUUGACAAAGCACACAAAAAAGGCGGGUGCAGUGGAUAUUUUCCUUGGUUGCUUUUUGGCUAUGGAACUGGUCUCUUCUUGACUUAUUUGGGCUUAUAUCUUAUGGAUGGGCAUGGUCAACCUGCACUUCUUUAUCUUGUCCCAUGCACCUUAGGUGUUACUCUUGUUUUGGGUAUGAUCAGAGGUGAGCUUAAGCAACUUUGGGGUUAUGGGGAGGAGCCCUUGCAUAGGGAUCCUUCUGGAGAAGCUUAAAGCUUUAGGUCCCUUCCAAAUGCAACUCUGUAAAAUAAGGUUUUUUCUUUCUGUGGUGAGAAAGGCACUUGUUACGAUGUUAAGGGUGGUGUCUUCUUAUAAUUGUAACAUCUUUUGCCUGUAUUGUCAACACUUGAUGUAUCUAAGAGGAAAUUCAUUUCUAUAAUUUGAUCAGUCUUCAAAA